CAGUCAUUAGUGGUGGUGAGCAGACAAAGGUCGAAAUUUUUGGCGAGGACGCGUUUCCUGAAACGGACGCGCUCUUUCCAAAUUUGUUAUUAUGUACUGUAUAGAUCAAUUCAGACUCCGCAUUCUCCAGAUUCCUCCUCUAAACUCGAUGUCAAACACACUCAGACCGUAUCUCUCAGCCGUAAAGUCAACUUUAACAGCGGCUCUGACGCUUGAGAAUUUCUCGUCGCAAGUUGUCGAACGACACAAUAAGCCAGAAGUAGAAGUCAGGGGCUCCAAGGAGGUCCUCCUGAACCCAUUGACGAUAUCACGCAAUGAGAAUGAACGCGUCUUGAUCGAGCCAUCUGUCAACUCAAUACGAAUGAGCAUUAAGAUCAAGCAGGCCGAUGAAAUCGAGCGCAUCUUAUGCCACAAGUUCACGCGAUUCUUGAUGCAGAGAGCGGAGAGCUUCGUCGUGCUGCGCAGGAAGCCCGUCGUCGGAUACGACAUCUCGUUCCUUAUUACGAACGUCCAUUCAGAAACCAUGUUGAAACAUAAGGUGGUCGAUUUCAUCAUACAAUUUAUGGAGGAAGUAGACAGGGAAAUAAGCGAGAUGAAACUUAGCCUCAAUGCGCGUGCGCGCACGGUAGCCGAAUCGUAUCUUACCGCUUUUAACUCCUGAAAUAUCGUUGGUGUUCCUUCGAUUACGCAUUUCACUACGCGCGAUAGAAAUAUCAUUCCCUUUGCGCUGCAUAGCCUGUGUUCUCGUAGGAAGGACGCCAGACUAAGACUGUGAUUUUGCACAAUAUUCUCCUUAAUACGGGUGAAUACCCAGAUAGCCAAGUACUAUCUGGUCGUGUCGAUCGACGCAUCGCUAUGUUGCAUCGAAGAAACGAUUCAUGUCGCCUUCACGAGUGCAAUCUCGCUAACUCACUGAAGGUUUCCCAACCUGAUGCUGGUCAGUUCUUUGGGCGGAAUUUAUCCGUAAUCGCCUCUGAAGUCUAUAUGGCCACGACAACAUCUAAAUCUUCAUCUGAUGCCGAUUUCAGUUUAGUCGCCGGGCAGAUUGGAUUGCUAGAAUGUUUGUUGGUCAGUGAUCGUAU